AUGUAUGUUUUUUUUUCUUCAUUUCAGAUGUGUACAUUUGGUGGCCGUUUUUUGAAAAAUGGUGUAUGUUUCUUUAACAGAAAAAGUGAUUUAGUCCAAUCAUCUCUUUAUAAUGUACUUGAAAAACUCACCCACCCUCCUCCACACAAAAAAUUGUGUGUUGAAUCGAACCUACCAAAAGAACCGCAGCUUGUGACGAAUUCCAAGGACCCAUAUGAAUUCAAUAUGGUGGAUACGACCUCUGGGAGUAGCCACAGUUCAAACAGUGUUAUCAAUUCUACAAACAAAGGUGCUGUGAAGCCUAAAUCAAAAUCCUCUGCCAGUAAAUCGUCAAAACCAAAAGACAGUGGCACGAAAAGCCCAGGGCUUCUCUCGUCGGCGGCAGGUAGUAAUGUAGCGAAACGGAAACGUAGCAGCAGUAUUGUUCAGCAAGUUGGCCACACUUUGGCUGCCACAUCGAAUCCAAGUUGCAGCAAUGUGGCCAACAAUGUUAUGAACAUGUUAUACAGUCAUAACAAUGCCCUCGCCUUCACCUACCCGAACGUUAAUUUAAGCAGUACCACACUUAAUCAUUUCAAUGCAAAUCUACCAACAAGGAAGCAACCUUCCUCUUACAAGGAACUUGGAUUUGUGGUCACUGGUUUUGAUAACCGGAAUUAUUUGGUAAAUGGACAAUAUGUUAACAACGCCUGCAUGCCAGAUACGGUGAUGGCACAACUUCCAACACAAGAGGAACGGUGCAGCAGCAGUGGCGGAAGUGGCAGUGUCAAGCGUAGUCACAAUGGGAGUGUAAAAAGCUCCUGCGCUGGUAGCAAAACAACCAGUGUGCUGGAUUCUUCUUCUUCUUCCUCUUCUCAAUCUGUUUCAAGCAACAGCCUUUUUGCCUCCGUGCCACGGAACACUACCAUGUAUAUGGAUGCUGGCUCAGUGCUGGCAUCAGUCACUCUUGGAGCGACAUCAAACAGCACUGUUGUCUCACUGAGCAACAGUGCUCAGUCACCCACUCAGCCAAGUCCCUCGGCGACCCCGAGUCCACAUCACAGAUCAGGUUCUGUGAGUCCUCAGGUCACUGUGUCAUCCCCAUUACCAAAUGGAAUAGUACCGUCCCCCUCUGAAAAAGGUUCCAGCAAUCAUCGGCACACUGUUCAGGGAUCAGUGCAGCGAGCGCACAAAUCGUCAGGUGCGCUGCAAUCAAGUCAAGCCAUCAAUGUCCAUAGCAACAGCAAAGCCCGUCACUCAUCUUCAUUGUCGUCUUCAUCAGCCAACUCUACUGCCAAGUUGCAGCAUCAGAGCAGUGGUAGUGCAGCAGGAGCUGGCAGUGGUGGUUCCAGUGGAGAUGGUGGAAGUGGAGGAGGAAGAGGCAGCAGUAGCAGCAGCAGUCCAAAAUUGUCCUCGACUACAGCAUCAACAUCUGCAUCUGCUGCUACACUGACCACUGCUGCAACGGGCAGCAGUGGGAAAGGUGGGCACCAGCACCAUCACCAGACACUUGCUCAUAUGCAUAUCAAAUCAGCAGCAGGUUCAGCUGCUGCUUCUGGGGGGGGGAGCAAUGCAAUAACAAAGACACUUGGGGGCAGGCUGAAUGUGCCCUCACUUCAGGUGACUUUUCCAUUGUCACGUCAGGUGAUGGCCACCGGUUCACAACCCCAAACCGUCUUUGCCAUGCGGCCGACAGAUGACAGACAGAGACAAGACUUGACCAGUGCUGUUCAGCCACAAGGACAUGGGGGCUCAUCAUCUAGCAUGAUCUCUUAG